AUGGCCCAACCCCAUCCCGAUUUCGCACAGCUCCAAGCUUCCCGUCCGGACUUCCGCCAUGAUGCCGAGGUGAUCGUUACCAAGUCCCCGAACCCUACCUGGAAGCAAGGCGAUGGCGCCAACGACGGCGGGGAAGGCCUCAAAAAGCACCACAUCGAGAUCGAUCCCCAUGCUGACGGCCGAUCCGUCGUCUCCAACUACAAGCUCCUGAUCUCGGGCAUGGUACCUCGGCCUAUCUCCCUGAUCAGCACACAGUCCGCGGACGGGAAGACGACGAACCUUGCACCGUUCAGUUACUCGCAGCUCGUCAAUCACGAUCCGCCCUUGUUCGUCGUCGGAUUCGUGGGCUCACUGGAGAGAGCCAAGGACACAUUGAAGAAUCUGAAUGAAACGAAGGAGUGCGUGAUCAAUAUCAUCUCGGAGCACUUCCUCGAAGCUGCGAAUUCGACUUCGAUCAACGCGCCCUACGGCCACUCGGAGUGGGAAGUCUCAGGUCUCACCCAGGCCCCAACGUCCGUGGUUAAACCUGCACGCGUGAAGGAAUCUGUUCUCGCGAUCGAGGGGAAACUCGUCGAGGUCAAGGAGUUUGAGAGCCGGGCGAACCCGGGAAAUCCGAGUAGUGUGCUAGCCAUUAUCGAGGGCGUGCGGUUUUGGGUGCGCGAAGAUGCGAUUGAUAAGGAGCAGAGUAACAUCGAUCUUAAGGUUCUGAAGCCGGUUAGUCGAUUGGGUGGCAUCUCGUACGGUCGUACCACCGAUGUGAUAGAGAUCCCCCGGCCGCGGUUUUAG